UGCAAAGCACCGUACUACCCGAACGCUUUCUCAGGUAUGGGACGGACAGACAGGUGCAUGAGCCAAUAUUUGUUACUAUUUAAUAAAAAGUUUGCCAUCACGACGCUGUUUUCGUUCUUAAAUUAAGUACCUGUAGGGGUGUGUUUUAAAAAUCCGUCAUGUGACUGGUGUGGCUGGGUUUUUGGUAUCAACGAGUGCCCCUUUUCAGUUCACUGGCAGAAAUGGCCACCACGGAAGUGGAGCGCAGACGAGGUCAGCUUGCUGCUCUAUCCAUAGCAGCUGUGGUUAUCAUUGUGGGAGUCCCUUUGUGGUGGCGAACAACUGAGACAUACCGUGCCUGGCUGCCUGUCAGUCAGAUCAAUGAUUUGGCUAAACUGCAGCUACAGUUGAGUGCUGAUGUCGAGGUUGUGUUUGCACGUGGCACCGUGACACCAGAACAGCAGAAGAAGGUCCCACUGACGCAGACCCACGAUGAGGAACAUGCAGUGGAUGAGGACACAGUGUUGAGGUACAGGUAUGAAACAAGGUACCGCACAGCUACAAUCAUGGAGGAAGAUGCCUUGAAAAAGUCCACUGCUGCAGAGGCAGAUCUGUCUCUGCACAUGCUCAGUGAGGGUCCAUGCGGCUCUUUAGUUGUAUAUGUGAUCCCGGAGUCAUCUUCUCUGCUGCCUGAGGAUGUGAAUGUGUAUAUCGGUCAGCGAAGGACAGCCCUGCUGCGUAUCAGUGCCCAGAUGAGAGCGGGCAAGACACUAGAGCAGUUGCUGGCUCACCUGGAACCCCGGAUCAAGCAGGUGCUGCAAAUGAUGUCUUUUAGCCACACUGACAUCACCGCUGCCCUCAGUGACAGAGUCCGUUUUAGCCCUGGCAACAAAGAGAGCAUUGCUGACAGUAUGAGAGCCUUUAAAUCUAGCCCAGGUUAUGAGAUAACAUUCAGUCUGUUGAACCCCGAUCCAAAGUCACACCGGAUACACUGGGACAUAGAGGGUGCCGUGCAGACCUACAUCCAGCCUUUACUUACAAAACUGUCCCCUGUGGCUAACUUUAGCAUCGACUCUCAGACCUUGUACUACACCAUUCUUGGUGUGACACCACGUUUUGACAGUAGCCUCGAGGCUUACACACUCAACGUUGACAGCCUUGCACAUGUCAUCAACCCCGUGGAGGCUAGACUUGGCUCUAAUGCUGCAUCUUCUAACCCUGUGUUGAAUUUUCUUCUGUACGUCCCGGAUGCGCGCCAUUCGCCCCUUUACAUCCAUGAUCAUCGUAAACAGGAAGUCCCUUCCAAUGCUUUUCACUCUCCACGGUGGGGUGGAAUCAUGGUUUAUAAUGUUAAUGAUUUCUAUGAGUCAGAGACUGAGUUUCCAGUUCAUGUCAACAUUAACAUGGCUAAAGUGAUGGGAGUCUUCCUCGCCCAGCUUCGGUUGUUGCUGGGUGUGUCGUCAUCAGCCCCUCCAUCUGGCUUCUUGGUGGCACCGUGUGGCAGUACAGGAUUAGCCGACUGGGAGCUGGAUCGCCUUAUGUGGAGUCGUAGUGUGGAAAAUGUUGCAACAGCAACCACCACCAUCACCUCUCUAGCGCAGCUGCUGGACCAGAUAGGCAACAUUGUUAUUAAUGACAACAUUGCACAACAGGUUUCCAGUGCCGUCACAUCCCUGCAACUGGCUGUGGCUGAGCUGGAGGCCGGAAACCUUGGCUUUGCUCUGCAGUACAGCAAAGAGGCCAUCUUGGCGUCAGAGAAGGCGUUCUUCGACCCUUCGCUGCUCCACCUCCUCUACUUCCCCGAUGACCAGAAGUUUGCUAUCUAUAUACCACUCUUCCUGCCCAUGUGCGUGCCUAUUCUGCUUUCAAUGCUGAAAAUAGUGUCUGAAGCUAGACAGAAACGCAGAGAAAAGCAAGCCAAAAAGGAAUAAGAGACCCUUGAGUAGAGAAGAAGAAGAUGGGGCUGAACAAAGAAACUGUAUGAACGAACUGUUUUGUUAGUGGCCUGAACAGGCUCAUUUGCACCAUUUUAGGGUUUACAACUUAUAAUUAUUGUUUUGUACGAGGAUUUGUGUGCGUCUGAUUUAUUGAAGGAUUUCAGUGACUGUCUGACACUGUACAGCCAAAAGCUUCAGUUUAUUUAUUUCUCAUAUUGUUAAGAAAUGAAGACUAAAGUUCUGUUUCAUUUUAAGUAGUUUUUUUUUCUUUUGUAAGGAAUGACACAUUUUCUAUUAUUGCAUUAAUGUAGGUGCUGAGCUUUAAAGUUCAUUGUUGAUAUAAAAAAAAAAAAAACAGCAGCUUCGAGAAGUGACAUCCAGGUGAAAAAAAGACACUGAAGCAGUUAGUCUCUCCAAUGCCCUUUCUUAAAAACUUAAUGAGAUUUUCAUCAUAUCACAUCAUUUUCACAUUAGUGGUCACAUUUUUAUUGAUGAAGAGCAGAUUAUAUGCUCCUAAAUGGACUUUGACUUGAGAUUGUUUUGAAAUGGUAAGUAGACUGGAUAGGAUACUUCAGUGUAUGGACCGGAGGAAUCAGGGAUCGAGCCACCAACCUUCUGAUUGAGAGAUGACUCGCACUACCACCUGAGUGUCUGUGGGUCAGGUGGUAAAGUGGGUGUUUUGCCAGCUACUGGUUCCAAAAUCCAAGAAUAGACUAAUUUGAGGGGAGGAUUGCAUUAAAAAUGUUCCUGUGUCUGUACAACAAUAAGCAGUUGAA